AAAUCUAACGGCAGAGUCGAAAGGGACGGAGCCCCUCCGCUUUUGGUUUGAGUUGGUGCCUGCCAAGACAACUUACGAAAACAAAUCCAUUAUGGAGGAAGCGGUGGAGUUUUUGAGCGAUCACGUUCACAGGUUGAAUUCUUCCCUUAGGGGUUUUCCGAUUGGAAAUCAUUCUCAGUCCACAUCGCUGCAGCAAGGUGUGGAGAGAAGAUGGUCAGGGCAAUCUGCACCCUGGAUCCUAGAUAGUGUAACUGCUCCUCUGAUUGCAGAGUAUGAUCGGCACAUGGUUGAAAUGACUGAACAGCUGCAGAGAUACCAGUCACUGGUGGAAGAUAUCAAAGUGAAGCUGGAGAGGGUUGUCAAGGAGAAUGAAAGGUUGCAUGCAGAACUGAAGGAGUCAGUUAAGAAGCAGCUUGAUGCCCUGCCAGCAGCUUGCGAUGUAGGGGGCAGCGUACUGGAGGAGGAAACAAUCAUCAGAAACCUCCAACAACAAGUCCAGCUGUCUGAACAGGAACGGUUGCAUGCCAUGGAGCUCUGGCAGACAGCAGAACAGCAGCUUGACAGCCUUCAACAGGCCUAUCAGAAGACCAUCCCUGAUAGACAGAAUCUGAAUGCCCAGGGACAACAGCUCAAGGACCAGCUUAUUCAGUUCCAGCAGCACACAGAGAAACUUCACCUGGCCAAUCAGAGACUGGAAAGUAAUAACCAGCACUUCUUGAAGACAGUGACAGAGCAGAACAAGGAGAUAGGGGAACUACACAGUCACCUCAGGCAAGCCAAGGGUGAGUGUAGAAUAGCAACAGUCAAAGUGGAUGAGAUGACCAAAUUGCUACAGACUCUCCAGGACCAGAUGAAGAAAUGGGAGGAGGAUAUGGCAGAGGCUAAAGGACGAGAGGGCGCUGCAGAUAGAAGGCUCCAACAGCUUCAGACUUCUGUGAGUCAGAUGGAGGCCAGGUUGAAAGCUGCAUCUAAGGAGACAGAGGCAGUCUGUAGAGAGCAAACUGUAUGGGAGAGGAAAGUAGAGGAACUCCAAGCACGCUGCACCACCCUUGAAGAGGAAAAGUAUGAGGCCAUUGCCAAAUUCAGAGAGAGUAUCCAGGUUGCUGAGGAGGCUACAUUGCAAAAGGACCAGGCCCUAUUAAGAGAGAAACAGGCAGCUGAUAAGCUGGAGAGGACAAAGGAGGGCAUCAACCUGUUAAUCCAGGAUGCUGCAGUUCGCACCAGAAAAGAGGUUGAUAAUGUGCGCAAGCAGUGCAACUUUAAAAUUCACCUUCUGGCUGAAGAGCUGUCUGCAUUGCAGCUGGAGUCUGCAGACAAAGAGUCUCAGCUUGAAAGGUCCUUGCGAGAGAAUAAAACUAUAGAGGAAGAACUGGAAAAGGUGUAUAAGGAAGGCAGGGCAGAACCAGAGUUCAGGAAAAUCAGUGACCUUCAUCAGAGGUGUCUGGAUGCAGAGCGGAUGAAGGAAGACGUGAGUCUUACUCUGCAAAGCACCCAGAGCAAACUAAAAAAGAUGGAGCUUGGCUACAGUGAAGAGCUGACACGGUGCAAGGAGGAAGUGCAGCAGCUACAGGACUCCCUUGCCAAUGCCAGAGAUAACUGUGUGUGUGUCAGUGAGGAAAGGCUCCAGCUGCAGCAGGAGAACUUACAACUACGCAAGGAGAUGGAUGAGCUGCGCAAAGCCACAUUACUAAUCCAAAAGAAAGCCAGACAACAGGUGUCACUGAUUGAGCAGGAGUACAGUCUGAAGAAACAGGGACUUGAGGCAAGGAUGCAGGAGCUGGAGAACUGCAGCCAAAGCUCUAGUGCAGAUAUGAAACGCCUCCUUACAGUCCAGCAGAAAACUACUCAGCACUGGAAGGAAGAGGCCAAAGACAUGGUUCAGGCUUUUGAGAAUAAAAUCACUCAUCUCAAGGUAGAGCUAAAUCGUCAGAAGCUGCAAUCACACAAGCUAGAGAUGGCGCUUGAAGCUGAGCAUAUUACAGUUACAGAGUAUCAGAGGCAACUGACAGAGUAUCAAGAGAGGAUGAGUCUUCUCCAGACUCACCUGUCACAGGCUGAACAAAGGGCAACUGCAGCAACCCAACAGAUGAGUAUGUUGGCAUCGCAGUGAAAGACAACAACCAAGUGUGAUCUGCAUACUGUGAAAGUGAUUAGGAUCCAAAUACUGUGACAGUGAUGGUCACAGAGUUAC